GGCGGAGGGCUGCCCGGGAGGGCGCGCUGGGGGCGGGGAGGAGACGGGCCGGCGCUAGGCUGCAGGAGUCACUCCCCGCGCGCGCGGAGAUUAGAACCUCCUUCCUCCACUCUCUCCCCGCCUCACUCAUACUCACACACCCCAAACUCCACCCCCAGGCACCUCCCUGGCCCCUGCUAGGUUGGGCUACUCGAGGAAGUUUCCGAAAGCACCAGGAAUACUAAGUUACUUUUUCCAGGUGAUUGCUUGUGAGACCGCGCUGGGCCCACCUUGGUGAGUUGCAGCCCAGAACUCUGGGCUCUGCGGGGAGGAGGAGGACGGGAAGUUGAAAAGGUCUUUGGACCUGGUGGCGUGGCUUUCAUCCUCAUGGCUUCACACCAGGGCCCCAGCGGUGAGUGCUCCCAUAUCAUCGAUCACACCCAUGUCCCCGAGUUCGAGGUGGCCACCUGGAUCAAAAUCACCCUCACCUUGGUGUACCUGGCCAUCUUCGUGGUGGGCAUUCUGGGGAACAGUGUCACCAUUCGGGUCACCCAGGUGCUGCAGAAGAAAGGCUACUUGCAGAAGGAGGUGACGGAUCACAUGGUGAGCCUGGCUUGCUCGGACAUCUUGGUCUUCCUCAUCGGCAUGCCCAUGCAGUUCUACAGCAUCAUCUGGAACCCCCUGACCAUGCCCAGCCAUGCCCUGUCCUGUAAGAUUCAUACUUUCCUCUUUGAGGCCUGCAGCUAUGCUACGCUCCUGCACGUGCUGACGCUCAGCUUUGAGCGCUAUGUCGCCAUCUGCCACCCCUUCAGGUAUAAGGCCAUGUCGGGGCCCUGCCAGGUGAAGCUACUGAUUGGCUUCGUCUGGGUCACCUCCACCCUGGUGGCGUUGCCUUUGCUUUUUGCCAAAGGAGUUGAGUACCCCCUGGUGAAGGUGCCCAAUCACCCGGGCCUCUCCUGCAACCACUCCCGCACUCGCCACCACGAGCAACCGGAGACCUCCAACAUGUCCAUCUGUACCAACCUUUCCAGCCGCUGGACGGUCUUCCAGUCCAGCAUCUUCACCGCCUUCAUCAUCUACCUCUUGGUCCUGGUCUCUGUGGCCUUCAUGUGCUGGAGCAUGAUGCAGGUGCUCAUGAGGAGCGGCCAGGGCACGCUGGCCAGGAAGGGACAGCCGGCGCAGCUGCAGAAGUCGGAGAGCGAGGAGAGCAGGACAGCCAGGAGGCAGACCAUUAUCUUCCUGAGGCUGAUUGUCGUGACCUUGGCUGUCUGCUGGAUGCCUAACCAGGUGCGGAGGCUUAUGGCGGCGGCCAAACCCAAGCACGACUGGCCCAAGACCUACUUCCGGGCGUACAUGAUCCUCCUCCCCUUCUCCUACACCUUCUUCUACCUGAGCUCCGUCAUCAAUCCGCUCCUGUACAACGUGUCCUCGCAGCAGUUCCGCAAGGUGUUCUGCCAGGUGCUCCGCUGCCACCUGACGCUGCCCCACGCCAACCACAGCAAGCACCUGCGCACCCACGUCACCUCCGCUGCCGCCAGCACCCGCUCAGCGCGCCGCCCCCUGAUCUUCAUGGCUUCCCGUUCCUCGGCAAGAACUGACAAGGUUUUCUCGAGCACUUUCCAGAGCAAGGCCAAACCCGAGUCUAAGACCCAGCAAUGGAGUCUCGAGUCGCUAGAGCUCAACUCAGAGAUGAAACCACCCACCUCUGCUGCAGGGACUGGUUUACAGGAGCAUGAAGUGUGAAUGUCAAGUAUGGAAGCCUUGAGGGCUAACCGGCUGCCACCCCCCCCCCCCCAAAAACAACAUAUCCUGACACAGCAGUGACAAACUGCCC